AUUGACAUAUGUCAAUUUAAAAUUCUAUUAAACGUCAUUUGUAUUAUGACAUCAUUUUUCAUAAAAACAUCGAUACAUAUUAUUUCACAACAAAAAUUAAUCAGUGUUUUAAGAUAGUACUAAUUAUAUAUUAACAAAAUGUCGUUAAAUACAGCCCAUUUAAACGGCGGAGUCCUUAUACAUAACGGAGAACAGAUUUUGUUAUAUUCUGACGGCGUCGGUAUAGAAUGGAACGGACAACAAACUACCCCAUUCCAGGGCGUCAAAAAAGGUUCAAUCUAUCUAACCACACACAGAGUGAUAUUUUUAAACAAAUCCUCAAACGACGAAAUGCUUAGUUUUAGCUUUCCCUUCAUCACUCUGAGUGAGGUGGAUAUUGAACAACCUGUUUUUGGUGCCAAUUACAUAAAAGGGAAAGUUAGAGCACAACCGAAUGGCAAUUGGAUUGGCGAAGCCAAAUUUAAAAUCACAUUUAAACAUGGUGGGGCCAUUGAAUUUGGUCAGGCGAUGCUUAGGGUAGCACAUCUCGCGUCCAGAGGAGGUAUGCAGGCCCCGCCGCCGUACGUUCCCCCUCAAACGCAAUGGUACGCCGCCCCGCCGCCCGCGUACGCUCCCCCACCACAAGGUUAUUACGGUUGGACGCCACCUACUAACGUAUUUCCGCAACAACCGCCUUCGGACGGUGUCUUUAUGACCGACGCGCCGCCUCCGUACCCGGGAAUAGUACCCGGUUACCAGGCGAACGGGUACGGACCGCCGCAAGGUGCCGGGGGAUUCGGGGGGUAUCCGCAAGGGGGACCGCCUUCUUAUCCGGGUACCGCUAGCGGUUCCUCUGGUUAUAACCAAGGUGCCGGGGGUUUCCAACAGCCGCAGUUCACAAACGCAGCCGAUGCUAAGGCUCACGAAGCUGCUCAAUCAGCUUAUUACGAUCCAAACAGGCCUCAAAUGGCUUAUGUACCACCUCCAGCUUAUUACGAAAAUCCACCAACCUACAACCAAGCUACCAACAAAAAGAAUGAAUAAAAUUGAAAAAAUACAGCGAAAGCUUUGCAAAUAUAUCUAUAAUCGUUUAAUUUUUAAUAGUUUUCCUAAUUUAGAUUUAUAACCUAAAAUAUUUAGUACUUUUCACUUUUAUUACGAUGCUGGUAGGGUAAAACCCGCAUUGAAAUUCGUUUUACGUAAUUUUCUAUCUUUUCAUAUCAUAAGCUAAAACCGGUCCUGAUCGUUUUUUCCUGCUGUAUUUCUUAUAUAAAACAACAUAAUCAGAAAUUAGAGUUUGGUCAUCUUAUUCUAAUGUUUUUUCAGAUUUUGUACAUCUUCCAAAUAUUUUUUUUCCCAUUUCUUCUAGCGAAAAUCGGACCUGGUCGUGUGUGACUGCCUUAAAAUCUCACUUUCUUUCUUACUGUUGUUCAUUUCAUCCUACAGCUUUUCCUAGUCUUAUAUAGACUCCAAAUAGUUUUUUCCUCAUUAAUUCUAGCUAGAACCAGACCUGAUCGUGUGUGGCAGCCUUAAGAUCUCGUUUUGCUUCUAUUAAAUUUUCAUAUAAAACAACAAAAUUGGAGAGCAAAGUUUGUUUAUCUUAUCCUGCAGAAUUUUCCGGUAUUGUUCAGUUUCUGAAUGGAUUUCUUUUAGCUAGAACUGAUCCUGAUCGUGUGUGGCAUCCUUAAGAUUUCACCUCGUGAUUAAUGUAUUUCAUAGCGGGUUUUAUCGAAAGCAAAGUGAACGAAAAACUUUUUGGUUUCGCUCAUCACAAAAUUUAAUGUAAUUAUUACUUGUGUUAAGAAAAGCAUUUAAUAGAAUAAAAGUAUUGUAUAUUGAACUUAUUUCAUGUAUCUAUAUGUAUACAAAAUAUAAGCUUAUGUUAAAUAUAUUUUUGUUGAUAAAAA